UUGGUCAAAGUCUAUAACCUCUAUUUUGCAAAUGAAGAAUAUCAAGAAUGAACCUGGUAUUAUUUAUUGUUUGUAAACAAAAAGCGGCAUUCACUGUAACUUCCUUAAAGUUAUUGAUUUAAUUAAUUUUAUUUUUUUUAUAAUUAAACAUUAUUUAAGUUGCCAGGAUAUGCCCGAUAACGAGAAACACUUGUUUACUUGCAAAGGUAUUGAAAGUGAAAUUAAAUAUGGAAAUGACUCGCAAAACAAUAUUUUUCCAUGUGACACAAUCAAGUACUUAGAAACCUCUGAAAAUACUACUGACCAAGAUAUUGAAGGUAUUCUGGAAGCAAUGAGUAAAUUAGCCGAUUCAGUGAGUGUUAGUUCAAUGUCAGAACCUAUUAAUUUAGAAUCUACACAAAAAUCUUCUAUUCAAAAGGAAAAAUCAUUAGAAGAAUUAUUAGAAGAAGCUACUGAAUUAGUAAGAAUAAAUGCCUAUUGUCUAUCCGAAAGAAUGUUAAAAUCAGAUUCAGAAUCUGAAUCAACUGAAUAUUUUAAUGCAAAAAAAUAUGAUGCAAGUAUUUUUGAAAAAAUUGAAGAGGAAAUUCAUAGAGGUUUACAAAAUCAUAAUGAUAGUGUAUUUAAUGAAAAUAAAAAACAACAAAGCCAAAGAGAACAAUCACCAAAUAUUAGUAAUUUAUCAAUGAGAAAUUUAUUUGAAAAUAUUGAAAUUUUAGAUAUUCCAAAUAAUAAUUUACAAAAGGAACUCAUCGAUGUUGAUGAAAACUUUUUUGAUCAUGCGCUGAAUAAUUAUGUAGCCGAUAUUGAAAAUGUAAAAUUAGAUGCUUUUCAUUUUGAUGAAGAUAAAACUAUUGUGUCUUCCAAGCCGCUUCAAUUAACAUUAGAAGAUAAUGAAAAUAUUUCAUGUAAAUUAAUGUCUACUUUAAACGAAAGUCCAAAAAUGCUUGAUGAUAAUUUUCAUAAAUUGUCCAUAUUAAAAGAUGAUUACAGUGAAAAUUUAAUGCAAAAUGUUCCAAGUACUUCCUAUGAAAAUACAAAAUCAGUUAAUUUAGAUGUCGCACCUUCAGAGUCGAUUAUAUUUUCCCAAAAUGAUUCCGAGCCAAUAAGAGCAAGUUCCAGUGAAUUUGAUAGAUUAGAAAAAGAAACUAUAAAUAAUGAAAAUAUUUCAUCAAUUUCAGAAAAUGGAAUUAAUAAUAAUGUAAUUUUAUCAACGAAUUCUGUAAAUAAUGAAAAUUGUUCCAGCACAAAUGAAAUCUUCCCAAAUUGGAUUUCUUCCGAAAAUUGUAAAACAAAUUUUACAUUUCAAAAAUCACCAAAAGAAAUAAUUGAGCACAAAAAAUCUUCCACAAAAACAAAAGGAAAUAUUAUUAAUAAAGUGAAAAUACCAUUAAAGCCAAGAAAAGAAUUAUUUUCCCUAAAGAAACAUAAUAUUGUUUUAAAAGAGAAAAAAGAUGAAUUAUUCCUUAAGAAAAAGUCUGAUUUAAUAAAAAAUAAAUCACCAAAUAAAACAAUUGAUAUUAAAAAAUUAACUGAUUCCUAUGAAGAAGAGAAAAGGGAAUUUAUAAAAAACGCCGAUAUUUUAAAUCAAGAAAUUAAAAAUUUACAAGAAAAAAUUCUACCAGAAAAAAUUGAACAAUUACAACGACAAACAAAAGAAAUAAAAGAAUUACAUAAAGAAAUUAAUGAACUAAAUAUUGAAAUGUCAGAAUUAAAACAACAAAAUUUGGAUUAUUUACUAAAUUACGAUGAUAUGAAACAACAAAAUUGUCUAUUAAACGACGAAUUAAAAAUAUUUAAAGAACAAUUGACGGAGAAAAAUAAUUUUAUCACCGAACGUCUUCAAAUAUUAACAACAAGUGAAUUGAAUCUUCGAAAAGAAAUGGAAACUAUACAAAAAGAAUUGAACAUAAAAACUGAAUCAUUAAAAAUAACAAAAUUAAAUUACGAAAAACUUGAAGAAACAAUUUUACCACUUGAAAAAGAACUUUUGGAAUUACGAAUUAAAGAGGGAAAUUUUCAAGAGCAAUUAAAAAUUUCCAAAAGUCAUAUAGAAAGAGAAAAACAACUUUCACAUAAAUUAAAAAAUCAAGUAAUAUUAGACAGUAAAAAAAUAAUGGAUUUAAUGCGACAAUUACGUGAAAUGGAAAGAAUAAUGAUGAAAAAAAAUCCCGAUUCUGUUUCUGCAUUACUAUUAUCGGCAAAUAAAGAAACAGAUAAUAUAAAUUUGGAAAAAAUUAAAUUACUUGAACUAAGAAAUGCAUCAUUGGAAAAUGAAAUUAAACUAAAAGAAGAAAAUGCACAACAAAGACUUUCAAUAUUUCGUAAAGAUUUCGAUGAAAUGAUUAAGAAAUAUGCGACACAAAUUCUUGAUUUAGAAGAUAAAUUAUCAACUAAAACAAUAAAAGAAAAUGAAAAUUACAUCGACAAUAGUACACAAACAACUUUUACUAAUACAGAAGAAAAAACAUCAAUUGAAACAACAAUUCCAAACGAUGAUCACACAAAACAAUUAAAAAACAAAUCACAAAGCAAAAAAAAUGACGUUCAUUUAAUAGCAACUAUUUGUAAAUUAAAAUUUGAAUUAUCAAAUAAAACAAAAUCAUUGUCAAAAUUAUCGAAAGAAUAUAUGGAAUUACAAAAAACAAAUAGAAGACUACAAACGGAACGUGAAAAACAAUUAAAUGAAGCGCGUUGUUCUGUAACGAAGAAUAUUGGUCUUAAAAAAAGUAACAGUAGUUCAAGUAUUUUAAAAUCUAAAUCAUCUGAUAUUAAUUAUAAUAAUUGUGCAACACAAUGUGAUUGUAAGGAUAAUAUUCAAAAUCGACAAUCAAAAACAUAUAAUCCACUUCAAUAUCAUGAGAAUACGGGAAAUAGUAGUACGGUGAAAAAUUUAACAACCGAAAAUAAUAUUCUCCGUGAGGAACUUUUUAAAAUGAAAAAAGAUUUUAUGGCAUUGAAAAAUAAAAGAUUACACGAUUUAAAUUUAUUACAAGAGGAACAUGAAAGAGAAUUAAAGGAAUUUGUGUAUAAAUGCAAUGCGAAAGAAGAACAAAUAAAUAUGCUGAAAUUAGAGGUAAAAAAAGUCAUCGCAGUUCAUUCUAAUUCACAUCCAGGAUCUAAUGUUGAAUUGUCUAGUUCAAGACAAAGACUCCAAAAGUUAUAACGAUUAUUUACCUGAAAUUCCUAUACUAAAAGAAAAAGAAGAUUAGAAUUUUAAUCUCUUAUCAAUCGAAUCGAAUUGUACAAAAUAGAUUUAUGACUAAAAAAUUAUUUAUUUGCACAAUUAAACUAAUUGAUUUAAGAUGAUAUUAAACGUUUUUUACAGAGCAUUUUAACGAACAAGACACAUUUAAAAAAAAUAAGAUAUUUUAUUGUCUAUUUCAAUUUCUCUGUUUCCUUUUAAUUCUAUAUUUUCUAAAAAGAUGAAAAUAAAUUUUAACCUUUAUUCCUUUAAUAUUCUUUUCUUAGUUCUUAGAUCUUUUUAUUUUUCCGUUGAAAAGCCCUGUAAAACAACGUUAAAUAAGAUAAAACGGAUGUAAAAAAUAUCAUCAUUAAUCUACUUUUUAUUCACUUGAAAUCAUCAUUUUAUAUCUCACUUUUUAUAUUUAUUAUUAUUAUUAUUACGAUUUUUGUUAGUUAUUAUUUUUUAUACAUAUUUUUAAUUUUACCCAAUAAAGCACUUAUACAUAUACAUAUUAUUUAUUUAAGAAUAAAAAUUAUUCAAAUAUGUUUUUUUUUAUAUUUAAAAAAAUGAUAAUUUAACAGUAAUACUGUUUUUUAAAGAAACUUCGUUAUAAAAAAUUAUUUAUUUGAAUGUGAAAUUUUAAGUUGCUGAGUGUAUUUCUUAAAAUGGGACGCAUGAAUAUUCGCCACAUUAAAUUUGUUGUAAUUUUAACAUUUAAAAAUUGUUAUUUAACUGUAUUCAUCUUUAGAAUUGAGAGAAAAAUUAUAGAUAAACAUUAAUAUGUCAUUAGAAAAUGUUGAUUUUUUAAAUAAGAAUUACUGCACAAUUUUUUUGUUUUAAUUGCAUAAUUAUCGCAUAAUUAUAUGCGAUUUUAGCGCAUAAUCAAGAUGUUUAGAUCCGUGAAAUACAAAAAUUAAUUAACCAUAAUAUAAAAUAAUAUAAAGAAAAACUAAUAACAAGGAAAACAUUGUAUUGUGUUAAAUUUCUCGAUCUAUCUGGUCGAUACGACGUAUUUUAUUAGUGCGUCCUUAUAGGAAGAUAAGGACAUAUGAAAAAAAAUCCAAAUCAACGUUACGAUGUGAAAAUUAUGUGAAAAUUAAUUAUGAAAAUUUUGCAAAAUAGAAAUAAUAUUAAUUAAAAAUUCGAUCAACUAGAGAAUCUUUUGCAUAAAAGUUCGACUAAAUAAAAAUGCCUUUAAAUAUGAAUUCAGUUAAAUAAUAAAAAUUCUUAAAUAUCAAAAUUCAAUUAAAUAUUAAUUCUAACUUUAUAAAAUUUGGUAACGUAGAAAUUCGAACUUAUUAAUUUCGAAACCGUAGAAAUUCCAACAAAUUCAAGUGUGGGGAAUAUUCAUGCGUUUCCUUAAAAUAAUAUAAUGUUACUGGAAUUAUUAAUAAAAUACAUGUAUGUUUGUUUGUAAAAAUCAGGAAUUUAUUUUAAUAGCUUAAAAAAUCUGUCAUUUGUGCACUAAUUUAAUUGUACAUUUUCUUCAUGUCAUUCUAGCGCUCAUUAUGGAAAAAAAACAAUUA